UCCUGUUAGGCCCCGGCCAGGGGGGAGUAAGUAGGUUGAAGUCUCCUAAGAUGCCCGGUGGCUUGGGGGGGCCCCGGGCGCUGUGAAGAGAAGAGGGGGUGCGCGGAGGCGGCGAGGGGAGCCCCGCGGCCGGCCUAGGGAAGAGCGGGGGCCGAGCCCGCCUCGCCUGCACCAUGCUCAUAGAGGAUGUGGAUGCCCUCAAGUCCUGGCUGGCCAAGUUGCUGGAGCCGAUAUGUGAUGCUGAUCCUUCAGCCUUAGCCAACUAUGUUGUAGCACUGGUGAAGAAGGACAAACCUGAGAAAGAAUUGAAAGCCUUUUGUGCAGAUCAACUUGAUGUCUUUUUACAAAAAGAAACUUCAGGUUUUGUGGAUAAACUAUUUGACAGUCUCUACACUAAGAAUUACCUUCCACCUUUGGAGCCAGUUAAGCCUGAACCAAAGCCACCAGUCCAAGAGAAGGAAGAAAUUAAAGAAGAGGUAUUUCAGGAACCAGCAGAGGAAGAACGAGAUGGUAGUAAGAAAAAGAAAUAUCCUAGUCCCCAGAAGAUAAGUUCAGAAUCUAGUGAACGAAGAACACGUGAGAAAAAAAGAGAAGAUGGCAAGUGGAGGGACUACGACCGGUACUAUGAGAGGAAUGAAUUGUACCGUGAGAAAUAUGACUGGAGAAGAGGUAGGAGUAAGAGCCGGAGUAAGAGCCGAGGCCUGAGUCGGAGCCGGAGCCGAAGCCGGGGUCGUAGCAAGGACCGGGAUCCAAAUAGGAAUGCUGCAGAGCACAGGGAAAGAUCGAAGUUCAAGAGCGAGAGGAAUGAUUUGGAGAGUUCCUAUGUGCCUGCGUCCGCGCCACCUCCCAACUCUUCCGAGCCAUAUUCCUCGGGGGCUCAGUCUAUUCCCAGCACCGUGACUGUGAUCGCACCUGCGCACCACUCAGAAAACACCACAGAGAGCUGGUCUAAUUACUAUAACAAUCACAGCUCUUCCAACUCUUUUGGUCGGAACCCACCCCCGAAGAGGCGAUGCCGAGAUUAUGAUGAAAGAGGAUUUUGUGUACUUGGUGACCUUUGUCAGUUUGACCAUGGGAAUGACCCCCUGGUUGUGGAUGAAGUGGCUCUGCCAAGCAUGAUUCCCUUCCCUCCACCUCCACCUGGACUUCCUCCUCCACCACCUCCUGGAAUGUUAAUGCCUCCCAUGCCAGGCCCAGGCCCUGGCCCUGGACCAGGUCCCGGCCCAGGUCCCGGUCCAGGUCCCGGCCCAGGUCCUGGCCACGGCAUGAGACUUCCAGUUCCCCAAGGACAUGGCCAGCCUCCACCUUCUGUUGUGCUUCCCAUACCAAGACCACCCAUAACACAGGCAAGCUUGAUAAACAACCGUGAGCAGCCUGGGACAAGUGCAGUGCCCAAUCUUGCACCAGUGGGAGCAAGACUACCUCCUCCUAUACCCCAGAACCUCCUUUAUACAGUAUCAGAACGACAGCCCAUGUACUCUCGUGAACAUGGUGCUGCUGCAUCUGAGCGACUUCAGUUGGGGACACCGCCUCCUCUGUUGGCAGCUCGUUUGGUGCCACCUCGAAACCUCAUGGGAUCCUCCAUUGGGUAUCAUACCUCAGUCUCCAGCCCCACCCCUCUGGUCCCAGAUACAUAUGAACCAGAUGGUUAUAAUCCUGAAGCUCCUAGUAUUACCAGUUCUGGUAGAUCUCAGUACAGACAGUUCUUUUCAAGAACACAGACACAGCGUCCCAACCUGAUUGGCCUAACAUCUGGAGACAUGGAUGCAAAUCCAAGAGCUGCCAACAUUGUCAUCCAGACUGAACCACCAGUUCCAGUUUCAAUUAAUAGUAACAUAACCAGAGUAGUUCUUGAACCAGAUAGCCGAAAACGAGCGCUGAGUGGUUUGGAGGGGCCACUCUCAAAGAAACCUUGGCUUGGAAAGCAAGGGAAUAACAAUCAGAGCAAAUCAGGAUUCUUGAGGAAGAAUCAGUACACAAACACCAAAUUAGAAGUAAAGAAAAUCCCCCAGGAAUUGAACAACAUUACCAAGCUCAAUGAACACUUCAGCAAAUUUGGAACUAUUGUUAACAUUCAGGUUGCUUUUAAGGGAGACCCAGAAGCAGCCCUCAUCCAAUACCUUACCAACGAGGAGGCUCGGAAAGCCAUUUCCAGCACCGAGGCAGUUCUCAACAACAGAUUCAUCCGAGUCCUGUGGCACCGGGAAAAUAACGAGCAGCCAGCACUCCCGUCCCCAGCACAGCUGCUCCUGCAGCAGCAGCAAACCCUCGGCCACCUGCCACAGCAGCACCACCAUCUGCCACAGCACUUGCAGCAGCAGCAGAUGCUGGUGGCUCAGUCUCCGCCAUCCACAGUGCAUGGAGGCAUCCAGAAGAUGAUGAAUAAACCACAGGCAUCGGGUGCAUAUGUCCUUAACAAAGUUCCUGUUAAGCAUCGACUGGGUCAUGCAAGUAGUAAUCAGAGUGAUGCAGCGCACUUGCUCAAUCAGUCGGGUGGUGCUGGAGAGGAUUGCCAGAUAUUUUCAACUCCAAGUCAUCCAAAAAUGGUUUACAGCGCCUCAAACUUAAAGACAUCUUCAAAACUUUGUUCAGGGUCUAAAUCUCAUGAUGUUCAAGAAGUUCUUAAGAAGAAGCAGGAAGCUAUGAAGUUACAGCAAGAUAUGAGAAAGAAGAGGCAAGAAAUGUUAGAAAAACAAAUUGAAUGCCAAAAGAUGUUAAUAUCUAAGCUAGAGAAAAACAAAAACAUGAAACCAGAAGAAAGAGCAAAUAUAAUGAAGACUUUGAAAGAACUCGGUGAAAAGAUCUCACAGUUGAAAGAUGAAUUAAAAACAUCUUCUGCAGUCUCCACACCUUCUAAAGUAAAGACAAAGACAGAGGCCCAGAAAGAACUGUUAGAUACUGAACUGGACCUCCAUAAGAGGCUCUCCUCAGGAGAAGACACAACAGAAUUACGGAAAAAACUCAACCAGUUACAGGUGGAGGCUGCACGAUUAGGUAUUUUACCUGUGGGUCGAGGGAAGACCAUGUCCUCUCAAGGCCGAGGAAGAGGCCGAGGCCGUGGCGGAAGAGGAAGAGGUUCAUUGAAUCACAUGGUGGUGGACCAUCGGCCCAAAGCACUAACGGUUGGGGGGUUCAUUGAGGAGGAGAAAGAUGAAUUACUUCAGCAUUUCUCAGCUACAAACCAAGGAUCAAAAUUCAAAGACCGUCGGCUACAAAUACAAUGGCACAAGGCCAAAGUGCCUUCUGUCUCCACGGAGACUGAGGAAGAGGAAGUCAAGGAGGAGGAAACAGAAACCUCAGAUUUGUUUUUGCAUGAUGAUGAUGAUGAAGAUGAAGAUGAAUAUGAGUCUCGUUCGUGGCGAAGAUGAAAUCUGAUGCGAGCUGUGUAUACUUUUUAGGAAUAUUGUUUAAAAGAACAACUUUUUAAAAUUAUUUAAAGAAGUCAAUGAGCCAAAAAAUUUUUUUUAAUUUUUCUUUUCAGCACAAUAGGUUUAAAGAUGGCAAGUUCGCUAUUAAAAAACGUCUCAUAACUGUUCAUGAUAUUAAAGCACCAAAGGCCUAGUGACUUGGACGCAGUUGUGAAGAACCACAGCAUUGGCAUGGAGACUCUAGAGCCUUAUUUCUGCACCACCUGCUGUUGCUCUUGGUGUCGGAUUCUGAUGUAAAUGACAGGGUGUUCAGAAAUUUUAUUUUGGAUUAUAAUCUGAUAAAAUUUCAUUAAAUGUCAAAACCGCUUGGAAUCUCUUAACUCUCAGCUAUUCUGGAUGGGUCGUCAGACAGUUGAAAAUAUUUGUGAUUGCAAAAAAUCCCUUUUUUGCUUUUCCAAAGUUGUCUUGCAAGGAGAGUAAAUCUAUCCUAAGUUGUUCACUGUGGAGGAGUCUCGUUUCCCUGCACUCUCAGAUGGGUAGGGCUCUUCUGGAUAGGAAGGAAGCCCAUCGGAGCAUGCUUUCUCUAGGCUGUGCAGCAGCUUGGGGAUGGCUCCGUGCCCCUAUCGGGAGUCGCCAGGAUUUCUGCUGCUUCUCAUCCUUAGUUCAUUUGGAUGCUUGUGAGCCUUGGUUCUACUAGAUCUUUUUCUUAACAUUCUUAGAAUGUCAAAGGUUUCCACUAUUACUGCCCCUUUCUUUUUCCUACUUUUAUAAACUUGUUUUAAAUUAAUGGGCCUGAUUUACCCAUUAUCUACACAAAUGAUUCUUUUAGGCCACCAAAACUCAGUCCCUAAUAAAAAGCUUGAACCAGCACCUUGAUAAAUAAGUGAUGCUUUGAUGAGAAUUAUGGAAGGAUUUGUGGAGGAAAGUCACCAGCUGUUUUUCUUUUUCCUUCUCUUUUUAAAGUUUCAAUUUAGUUACACUAACACAAAAGGCUUUUAAAAAA